CAUAUCCGCAUGGGAUUUCUCAACCAGAUCGACAGCUGGUUGCCGUUCGGCGCCGAACACGUCGGUCCGGCCGUCGACAUCGCCAUCGAACGCAUGGCACUCGACUACGACAUCCACUACGAGAAGUUCACCUACUUCUGGCCGGACUUCUGCAACGAGGACCGUGCCGUCGGCGGGCUCGGCCAACUCUACUACUUCGAUCACAUCGAGGUCGCCAUCGGACCUGCCUGCUCGCAGGAUGUCAUGGUCGCCGGUCGGCUGGCGACGUUCCUCGGCCUGCCGAUGCUGACGGGCGUCGGGAACCUCGUCAAUAAUAAGCACCUCUAUCCGACCGUGUCGCGGCUGUCGUACGACGUCGAGCAUGAUCAGACGCUGUUCCUCACAUCCGUGCUCGAGCACUUCGGCUGGUAUCACGUGGCGAUGAUCUUUGAUACGAGCGACUUUCUCACGAAGUUUGUCGGUAAUGCGUUCAGGAACGCGCUCAACUCGGACGCGCGGUUCCGCCGACCGUACGACAUCUACUAUAGCAGCAAGGAGGAGUCGUACGACCUCGAGAAGAUGUUACUGGAGGCAAGCGAGCACGCGAGAGCUAUUUGUAUUCUAUCAUCUGCUGAUCACGUGCGAGAAAUGCUGCUGCACGCUCACCGUCAUGGGAUGACCCAUGGGGACUACGUCUUCAUUGCCAUAGAACGCUUUCGCAGUGACAUAUGGGGAAAAGCACUUUGGAAAAAAGGCGACGACGACGAUGACGACGCUCGCUAUGCGUAUCAGUCCCUGAUGGUGAUCACGCUGGCGGACCCUGUCGGUCCGCAAUGGGACGAAUUCACGGAGAAGGUGAAGCUGCGAGCGCUGAGAGAUUACAACUACACGUGGACAAAGGAGGUAAACUAUUUCAUCGGUGGAUUUUACGAUGCGGUUCUGAUGCACGCUCUAUCCAUUCGACGCAUCAUAGCGGAAGAUGGCGACAUCACUGAUGGUCUAGCCGUCUCGCAAAGGCUUUGGAAUACAACAUUCCAGGGUGGGUAG